CCAUUGUUUCGAGGUCUCGUGUUACCCGUGCCGUUCUACUGCUGCGCUCUGACAGCAGGCGGCGCUGAGCAGCUUUGCGGCUCGUGAAGUAGUUUGGUGCUGGAAGUGUGACAGGGCCACUACGAGAAGACCGGGAGCAACGACAUGGCACUAAACUUGACUAUAAACAGCAGCAACCCACCUCUAGGGGCACUGUUGACUGCUGAACAUGUGAAGGGCAGCGUCAAUCUUUCUGUGGAGGAGGGCAAAGACACCAUGCUCCAUGUCUCUGAUCAGGUGCAGUUCAGUGACGUGAACUCCAUCACGCGUUAUCUCGCCCGAGUGGCUCCGGCGUUGGGACUGUAUGGUUCCAACAUGAUGGAGCAAACUGAGGUUGAUCACUGGCUGGAGUUCAGUGCCCGUCGUCUCUGUGGUCAGUCAGAUCUGUCUUCUGCUCUGGCAGAUCUGGAUAAAGCUCUGGCACUGAGAACCUUCCUGGUGGGUCACAGUGUGACACUGGCUGACCUCUGCAUCUGGGCUGCUCUUAAAGGAAAUGGCGAGUCACAGGCCAAGCCAAGCUCCCACCCGCAUCUGUGCCGCUGGUUUUCGUUCCUGAGCUCUCAGGUGCCAUUCAGUUCUGUGGGCAGUAAAUGGGCCAGCAAGAUCGCCCCCAGCAAAGCCACUCCUGUGGAGAAGGAAAAAAAGCAGGAUCUAGGAAAGUUUGUGGAGCUGCCUGGUGCUGAGAUGGGCAAAGUGAUUGUGCGGUUUCCACCUGAGGCUAGUGGAUACCUGCACAUUGGUCAUGCCAAGGCAGCUCUACUCAACCAGCACUACCAGGUCAAUUUCAGGGGCAAGCUCAUCAUGCGUUUUGAUGACACCAACCCUGAGAAGGAGAAAGAGGACUUCGAGAAGGUCAUCUUGGAGGACGUGGCCAUGCUACAGAUCAAACCAGACCAGUUCACCUACACAAGCGAUCACUUUCCUGCUAUCCAGCGCAUGGGGGAGAAACUUCUACAGGAGGGCAAGGCCUACAUAGACGACACUCCUCCAGACGUCAUGAAACAAGAAAGGGAGCAAAGGGUCGAGUCUCGCAACCGUACCAACUCUGUGGAGAAGAACAUGCAGAUGUGGGAGGAGAUGAAGAAAGGCACAGAGUUUGGCCAGACCUGCUGCAUGAGAGCGAAGAUUGACAUGAGCUCCAACAACGGCUGCAUGCGUGACCCUACACUGUACCGCUGCAAGAACGCUGCUCAUCCUCGCACCGGCAACACUUACAAAGUGUACCCCACAUACGAUUUUGCAUGCCCCAUUGUGGACAGUGUUGAGGGGGUGACUCAUGCCUUGCGUACCACUGAGUACCAUGACAGAGACGAGCAGUACUACUGGGUAAUAAAUGCAAUUGGUCUGCGUAAACCGUACAUCUGGGAGUACGCCCGACUCAAUCUUAACAACACUGUGCUCUCCAAGAGGAAGCUCACCUGGUUUGUCGACCAGGGCUAUGUGGAUGGCUGGGAUGACCCGCGUUUUCCCACAGUCAGAGGUGUGCUACGUAGAGGAAUGACUGUGGAGGGACUCAAACAAUUCAUUGCAGCUCAGGGAGGCUCGAGAUCUGUAGUCAAUAUGGAGUGGGACAAGAUCUGGGCUUUCAACAAGAAGGUUAUUGACCCAAUUGCCCCAAGAUACACUGCCCUACUAAGCUCGCAGGUUGUGCCAGUCUUUAUUUCUGAAGCCAAGGAGGAAAUGAAAGAGGUUGCCAAGCAUCCCAAGAAUGCAGAUGUGGGAAUGAAGCAGGUGUGGUACGGGCCAAAGGUCUUUAUCGAGGGUGCUGACGCAGAAACUUUCACAGAGGGUGAGACCGUGACCUUCAUCAACUGGGGAAACAUCAUCAUCACAAAAAUCCACAGGGACAGCAGUGGAGCGAUCUCGUCUCUAGAUGGUCGUCUGAACCUGGAGAACACUGAUUAUAAAAAGACCACUAAGAUCACCUGGCUCACUGAAUCCAGCCGUGCCCCCCUCCUGCCCACUGUGUGCGUCAACUACCAGCACCUCAUAACCAAACCAGUCUUGGGCAAGGAUGAUGAUUUCAAGGAUUACAUCAACAAGAACAGCAAGAUAGAGGAGAAGAUGAUUGGAGACCCUUGCUUGAAGGACUUGAAGAAAGGUGACAUCAUACAGCUGCAGAGACGGGGUUUCUAUAUCUGUGAUCAGCCUUAUGAGCCAAUCAGCCCGCACAGCUGCAAGGAGAGUCCCUGUGUCCUGCUCUAUAUCCCAGACGGACACACGAAAGAGAUGCCCACUGCUGGCUCCAAGGACAAGAGCAAGAGCCAGACAGCUGCUAAACCUGUGAAGGCUGAGUCUGCUGCUCCGAGCAAAGCAAAGCCGGCUCCUGUCUCCGGCCCUGCGCCAUCAGCAUCAGGAGACGCUUCCUCCCUAUACUCCAGCAUUGUGGCUCAGGGAGACCUGGUCAGGCAGCUCAAGACAGACAAGGCGCCUAAAGAGCAAGUGGAUGCCGCUGUAAAGCAGCUCUUGGCUUUGAAGUCGGAGUUUAAACAACUGACCGGACAGGAGUACAAACCUGGCAUGGCUCCACCUACUUCCACCCCAGCACAGAAGAGCUCUGCCCCCACUCCUGCAGCAGGAAGUCCAAGCCCCGCCUUCACCGGUUGUCCGUUCACUCGUGUUGCUGAACAAGGCGAGGUGGUCAGAAAACUGAAGGCUGAAAAAGCACCAAAGGAGCAAGUAGAUGCUGCAGUAAAACAGCUCUUGGCUUUCAAAGCUGAGUUCAAACAGCUCACUGGUCAGGACUACAAACCAGGCAUGGCUCCUCCCACAGCGGCUCCUCCCACAGCAUCUCCCCCACAGCCCGCCCCUACAUCUGACUCCUCCCCUGCUGCCAUAUACGGUCAUGUGUCUGAACAGGGGGAAUUGGUCAGAAAGCUGAAAUCAGAGAAAGCACCAAAAGACCAGGUUGAUGCAGCAGUCAAGCAGCUUUUGGCUCUGAAGGCAGAAUAUAAGCAGGUGACAGGGCAGGACUACAAACCUGGAGUUCCCCCUGCUGGUAGCUCUCCAUCAACUCCAGCUCCAGCUCAGCCUGCCGCCACCACGGUUUCAGCGUCUGUCUCCUCUGACAGCUCUAAGUCUAUUUACGAUCGAGUCACUCAACAAGGAGACCUUGUGAGGAAACUGAAAACAGACAAGGCACCCAAGGAUCAGAUAGAUGCUGCCGUGAAGCAGUUGUUGAGUCUUAAAGCCGAGUACAAGCAGCAAACUGGACAGGAAUACAAACCAGGCAUGUCUCCUUCCUCUGGCCCCGCCCCUGCACAGUCUAAUCCCACCCCACCUCAAUCCAGCUCCUCCCCUCAGGCUCAGGCGCUGUUUUCAGACAUAGCCCAGCAGGGGGAGCAAGUGAGACGUCUUAAAGCAGAGAAAGCUCCUAAGGAUCAAGUUGAUAAAGCAGUGAAGACUCUGCUUGAGCUGAAGGGUCAGUAUAAAGCCCUCACUGGGGAGGAGUACAAGCCUGUGACUACCCCAGGAGGCUCAGGGAACACGGGGGGAGAAGACAAGAGCCGCAAGGAGAGGGAGAACAAAUCUGAAAAGCAGGGAGGAGGAGGACGUAAGCAGCAGAAGGGAGGAGAGAAACCUCAACAAGGUCAAGACUCUGGAGCAGCUGGAGCAGGAGACGGCCAAGGGCCAAAGAAACAGACACGGCUGGGACUGGAGGCAAAGAAAGAGGAAAACUUGGCUGAUUGGUACUCACAGGUCAUCACUAAAGCAGAGAUGAUCGAGUACUACGAUGUCAGUGGUUGUUAUGUGUUGAGGCCCUGGUCGUACGCUAUCUGGGAUGCCAUCAAAGAAUUCUUUGACCGGGAGAUCAAGAAGCUGGGUGUGGAGAACUGCUACUUCCCCAUGUUUGUCUCUCAGGCUGCCCUUGAGAAGGAGAAAACUCACAUUGCGGAUUUUGCACCAGAGGUCGCUUGGGUGACAAGAUCAGGAAAGACGGAGCUGGCUGAGCCCAUUGCUGUGCGUCCCACUAGUGAGACAGUGAUGUAUCCUGCCUAUGCCAAGUGGGUCCAGUCGCACAGAGACCUGCCAAUCAAACUCAACCAGUGGUGCAAUGUUCUUUCUUGCUGUUCUCAGCGUUGGGAGUUUAAACACCCCCAGCCCUUCCUGAGGACCAGAGAGUUUCUGUGGCAGGAGGGACACACAGCAUUUGCCACCAAAGAGGAAGCUGAAGUGGAGGUGUUGCAGAUUCUGGACCUGUAUGCUCGGGUGUACGAGGAGCUGAUGGCCAUCCCUGUGGUCAAGGGCAGGAAAACAGAGAAGGAGAAGUUUGCAGGAGGAGACUACACCACCACUGUGGAGGCUUACAUCUCAGCAAGUGGCAGAGCAAUUCAGGGUGCCACAUCCCAUCACCUGGGCCAGAACUUCUCCAGGAUGUUUGAGAUCAUUUUUGAGGACCCUAAGAAACCAGGCGAGAAGCAGCUGGCCUACCAGAACUCAUGGGGAAUCACCACUCGGACCAUCGGAGUCCUGACGAUGGUUCAUGGAGACAACAUGGGUCUGGUGCUGCCUCCCAGAGUUGCAUGUCUACAGGUUGUCAUCAUCCCUUGUGGCAUCACAGCCACUCUACCAGAAGCAGAGAAAGACCUUCUGUUGGCCCAGUGCUCCAAGUAUCUUUCCAGACUACAGGAGGCCGAUGUCAGAGUCAAGGCCGACCUGCGUGAUAACUACUCACCUGGCUGGAAGUUUAAUCAUUGGGAGCUGAAGGGUGUGCCCAUAAGGUUGGAGGUUGGGCCAAAGGACUUAAAACAGGGCCAGUUUGUAGCAGUAAGAAGAGACACAGGACAGAAGGUUGUCGUUCCAGAGGCUGACGCCGAGAAGAAAAUCUCAACCCUUCUGGAAGAGAUCCAGAACAAUCUCUUUAAACGGGCCUCUGAUGAUUUGAACAAACACAUGGUUGUGGCCGAUACGAUGGAACAGUUCCAGAAAGAUCUGGACCAGGGAAGGAUUGUGCAGAUUCCCUUCUGUGGAGGCAUUGAGUGUGAGGACUGGAUUAAGAAGACAACAGCCAAGGAUCAAGACCUGGAGCCUGGUGCACCUUCAAUGGGAGCCAAGAGUCUGUGUAUCCCCUUCAAGCCCUUGAAGACCCUGCAGGCGGGUCAGAUGUGCGUCAGCGGCAAAGAGCCUGCGCAGUUCUACACGUUGUUCGGUCGCAGUUACUGAAACAGUCUGUCAUCCCCAAAAUAGUGACUCCCCUUAUCAUCAAAUGCACUAGUAGGAUAACUGCAAGACAUCUGUCAUCAUCUCUAAUCACUCUAAAUACUGCUUUUUACUAUAUUUUAGAGGAACCCUCUAUUUUUCAGGUCACAGGUUUACUAACGGACAGUUUUAGGCUGAGAUUUGACGUUCUAUGCGACCAUACUAAACCUUUGCACAUCUUUGUCCUAAAUAAAUGUCUGACAAUUAUAAACUAAAAUAAUCUGUAAUAAAGGGAUUGUUAAUUUC